CUGGCACAUCGAUCACUCAGUUAUCCUGUCCAGAAAAAGUUCACCACUGACUCACAGUGUGAUUUUUCUCUUGACUAAGCCAGGUGGAUGCUUCCCUUUUUUCGUCUUAUUCAGAAAAGAGAAAACUUCUUUUGCAGCUGACUUUGCUUUUAAUGAUAUUUUUUAACAGGAAGUGCCAGCCAGAAAUUUUUAUUUCAUAAAUGCGUUAAGUUCAAGAUUUCACUCACACAGCUGUUUGUAAGGUUCCUCUCUCUACAGCAUGAGGCUCAUGAUUCAGGAGAUUUGUGCCUUUAUUUUAACCACUGUGGGGUGGGCGCUUGUCUGUUCCACCAUGCCAACAGAAAUCUGGAAGAUUGCUACUUUGGAUGGGAUAGUCCUCGGUACAGCUCUCAUCACUUCCAAUCUAUGGAAGAACUGUGUUGGUGAUUCAACUGGAGUAUCCAACUGCAAAGACUUUCCCUCCAUGCUGGCACUGGAUGGCUACAUCCAAGCAUGCAGGGGGUUGACGAUUGCAGCCAUCUGUCUUGGCUUUUUUGGUUCCAUAUUCGCCCUCGUCGGGAUGAAAUGCACCAAAAUCGGCGGAACAGAUAACAGCAAAGCCAGAGUUGCCUGCUUCGCUGGAGUGAAUUUUAUUCUUAGUGGCCUGUGCUCACUGUCAGCGUACUCCCUCUACGCACACAGGAUUACAUCAGAAUUUUUCGACCCGAUGUUUGUGGCUCAAAAGUAUGACCUAGGAACUGCUCUGUUUAUCGGCUGGGGAGGUUCUGUCCUCUGUAUCCUCGGAGGCGUCAUACUUUGCUUCUCCAUCGCAGAUUCUUUCUCAAAAAGGCACGGUCAUGCCAAAAAUAUCUACAAAGGGGCUGCCUCUCACUCUCAUAUCUCCUCCUACCCAAGAGGGCAGGCAAGGUCUAUAAACCAGAGGCCGCCUCCAGACUACAGCAACUCCUCCAGGAUCCAGCACUUUGAUAAGAAUGCAUAUGUUUGAGGGAUGUGAAUACAAAUACUUUCAGAAGCAGCCACUUUUUAGUCUUUUGAGAUAUAGCCUUAAACAUACAAGAGACACUAUGUAGAAAAUGUAUUUCAGCAUCAGAAUCUUUGGGAAUUCAUAAUAUGUGUACAGAAGGAAAGAUUCCGGUAUUGGGCAGUUUGCAUAUUUCCUGAACAUUGGAUGUUAUCACUUAUGUGUGUUUCAUAGUCAGCAAGUUUGAGAAGUCGGGUUCUAAAUGGGCCUCUUCUCCAUUUUUGCACCAUUUUCUAUCUAUUCUUAAAUGUCAGAAUCUAAUGUUUUCUACGUUUUUUUCUUAUUUUGGUUGAAUUUUAGUAACCUGCACAUGCUGUAAAUCGGUAAUGAUAAUGUUUAAAUAUGUGCCAAACAGGUUUUCUUGUUGUCUAUGACAUAACCAUUAACUAUAAUUUCUAACAAGCAAACUUGAAGGAGCUUGAAACAGAACUUUAUUUGCCACUGUCUUUGUACAUAGUCCAAUUUGUUAUACAGUAAAUGAUCUUUUUAUUUAAAAAAAA